ACUAAAAAUAUCAACAUAGAAUGUUACAACCAAUAAAAUAUUAUUUAUUUUGUUUUAUAUAAAAAUUUAAUUUGGUAAUUUAAAAAGAAUUGGGCUAUACUAUUUAAUUUCAAAAUUAGUUACUGGAAUAUAUAAAAUAUGAUCUAUAUUAAAUAUGAUAAACAGUCAAAUGAUAAUUACCUAAUGACAAUAUAUUUAUGUUUUCUUAGAAAUUUUAUUGUUUAGAUUUAUAUUGGUUUUGUUAGGAGAAUAUCAUAUAUGAGUAUUUUUAUGAUGUUUAGUUAAAUUUCUAAUGAAUGAUCUUAACAUAGACUUAUGUAUGGCAGAUAAAAAAAUAUGACUCUAUUUUAGUAGACUAGAUUGUAAAAGUAACUGUAAAUUAGUUAGUUUAUCUUUUUAAAAAAAAUAUUAAUGCACAAAAUUCUUCUUUGUGGAACAAGACUAAAACCCAAAAAUCUUAUUUAUAGGAACAAAUGGAGUAUAUUUUAGGGAAAAUAGAAUAAAAACUCUCUCAUUUUUUCUUUAAAUUUAUCAAGUUUCCUUCUGAAGUUGAAUUAUCUAGCAUAACACAAACAACAGAGGUGGAGAGAUUUCCAUAAAAAUAUUAACUGAAACUUAUGAGGCUUGAAAUAAUUAUUAAGUGAAUAUUUUUUUUGAACCAUUUGAGAACUUAAUGAUAAAUACAUGUUAACCAUUAAUAUCUUGGAGACUUAAUUUGUCAUCACGGUAUGUCCAUGACCGCCUCUGAUUCCACCGAUAGAUCUUGUUUUAGAGUUGGGAGGUCGUUAAGUUUGGUGUCGCUAGCCACAUCCGGAAAGCUUGUUUUGAACUGUUCUGGUGAACCUACCGUCCAUACCACAAUUUAGAAACGUGCGUGCGGAUAAUUGUUCCAAGUAGCCUUUGCCGAGAAGGUAGGGUUAUAGGCAUGACCAGCUACAAAUGGGCCCUUUGGAAGAUAAGAAUAAAGCAGCCCAAAAGUGGUCUAACUUUCUAGCUAGAAGUUGCAAGACUUCCCAUUGCUCAUAUUACAGUUUAAGAGAGUUGACAUCAGGGGCCUUAACCUGAGUACUUAUGCCAAUACUAAUAUUCAUUUUCUCUUCGUUUCAGAGACCAGAAGCUCAAGCUCUUCCUCUAAAGGCCCAAACGACUUGCAAUUAUUUUCUAAACACGUUUUUCCAUCUAUUCGUUAUAAUGCGACUAAAUUGUACAUGAAUAAUAGCAUAUUAGAACACAUGCUUUGAUACUUGGCAUGUUCCUUUACAGUGGAAUACGAAUUUUGGCUAUUUUCUAUGUUUAUUUUUGCUUCAUGAACAAACAACUACAUUUCCUCUUUCCCAUAGUAUAGUAUAAGAGAAUAUAGGACGAAUCUAUGAAGCUCAAACAAUAUUGGAGUCUCUUGGGGAAAAUUUAGUUAAGCAAAGAAGAAGAAGGGUGUCAGUUUCGGAGAACAAACAAACGGAUAUGCCGAAUCUAUCAGAACUGGCCAUAACCGAUAAUCCAGCACUAAACUGGCUGAAAAACCAAGCAUAUUGGUACGAGAAAAUGGACUACUACGACGAGAAAGAAAGCGAAUUUGCAACUUCUGUUGCAGCUGCUGCGUUUGUCAUCAGAGCAAUGGAGGAAGCCUAUAAAGAAAAUGCGAAAAGAAUGAGAGAAGAAACCAAGAGGUCUCGCAAGAAGAAAACCAAUCCGGUAAUAGCUAAAUCCGAAGUAAAGAGAAUCAACAGAUCAUUUACUCAAGACUUGACCAUUGGAGAGGAGAGUUUCAAAAAACAACAGAUGGACAAUCCACAAAAGGACCGUAGGGAACAAGAGAUUGGCUCUUCCUCUAGAACAUUGGGACUUGCUUCAGCGCCAAGUAAAGCAGAUUCUUGGGAAAAAUCUCAACUCGACAAAAUCAAAUUAAGGUAUGAGAAAAUGAAAGCUGAAAUUGUGGGUUGGGAAAAUGAGAGAAAAUCAGCAGCUAAACUCAGAAUGGAGAAAAGAAAGAGUGAGUUGCAGAAAAGAACAGAAAUAAAUAACCAGCAUUAUAAGACAAAGUUAGCACGGAUCCAAGUUAUUGCUGAUGGAGCCAAGAAACAGCUUGAGGAGAAGAAGAGGAGCCAAGAAGCUCAAGUUCAAGAAAAAGUUAAGAAAAUGCGUCGAACUGGAAAAGUCCCUGCCAAUUAUUUAUGCUUUCGAUUUAAUUACUAAAAUAAUAACUAGUUCUAUUAAUUAUACUAUAUUCGUGGGUGUUGUCUAUGAAAAAUCGAUAAACUAUGAUUGGUAAUCUCACAAAUAAAUAGAAAGUAUAAAGUAAUUAUACUUUUGUAUAUAAUAUUGCAUU